AGGCAUGCUCCAUGUCGUCAAACCGGCGUGAAAAUUGCACCAUUUCUCGUGGUUAACGUUUUUCAGUAAAUAUCACGAUUUUGUUAGCAAACCACGAUCGAGAAAUGGAUUCAGACGCUAACGCUCCAGAUUCGUGGGACUCCUUAGAUGAUCCUGGUCCCGGAGACACUAGUGAAGGAGCAAGCGAUCUUACUGAAAAACUUCAUUCACUCAACGUGAACGCAAAACCUUUCGUUCCAAAUGUGAAUGCCCCGGUAUUUGUUCCUUCGUUUCUGAAAACUCAGGCGGCCGAUGGUAAGAUUUUAUUCUUUAUUUGCCUGGUGAAUUUUUAUAUUAUUUUAGCCUCAUUUUCCGCUGAAAAUGUGACGGCAUUAAAUUUUGUUGAAAGCUGACUGUUGUGUUUGGAAGUUCGAAACUAUAAGCUUAGUAAGCUAAGCCAAAUGAUAAGCUUACUGUUGUAAUUUUUAGACUGAAAUAACGAAUCUGAAAUAAUUUUUCAACUUUAUAAAGAUCUUCCACAGUGUUAAAAAGGGUUAGCUUUCGAUUUUCUUCUUUGUAUCUCUGUAUCUAUUAAAACAAUGAUCAUAAUCAUUGUUCAUUACUUGUACCAAUGUUAUCCCUGUUGUCGAUGAGUGUCUAAUUUCUCCUAAUGAUAUCACUGAUUAAUCAAGAAUGAAGGUAAUGAGAAUUCAGGAAACAGUCACUAUAGAAGAUUCUUGAUUGUUAUGAAAUUGUCUUCCUUCUUGUCGUGAAAAUGUGUUGUUCCAUACUCUUACUCCAGCAAUGGAGGGUUUUAGCUCAACUCUUCCUAGCCUCCCACGCAGGCAUUUUUAGGGGAGCUUGUUUUUCAUCCCUCCCCACAAACGCCUGCUCAACUGAAGACAACAUUCCUGUCCCAUGCUUAGCCAAUCACAUUGCACUUUCCAAAUUCUGGAAAGUUGAACUUGACCGCAAGGAAAUCUGAUAAUUACUCGAUCUGCAAGAAACAAUGGGAAAGCUGUCUGACCUCCAAUAAAUGUUAGAUUCAGAGCAGCAAAAGUAAGAUUUAGUCAAAUUUUAGAAUACUCCUUGCACUGCGUAACAUUAGUGAAGGAAAGAAAAGAAGGAAAACGGUAACUGUAGGGUCACGUUUUAGUCGCGUUUAGCCUGUCAACACUUUAUUGCACAACUGUUUGUUGGUCACUUACCAUGCAAAUAAAACAAUGGGAAAGGAAUGUUGUUCACGGUUGAGCAGGCGUUUGUGGGGAGGGAUGAAAAACGAGCUCCCCAUUAAAAUGCCUGCAUGGGAGGCUAAACUCUUCCCUAUCCCUCUCAAACUUUAGUUUUUUUUUAAAAUGUUGGCCUCUCUCCCUUGGAAUUUGUCAUUAUUGCUUUAAUAUAUGUUAAGUUUAUUCUGCAACCACACAAUAUUGUAAAUACUAAAAUUAGCAUUUAGCAAGUGCCCUGAUGAUCCAAAAACCCAUGCUGGCAACCAGCAAACAUCACCACCUACUUCAGGUUUUUUACUGGCAACUUUGCUGGGUUUUCUUCUGACUCUUUAGUCAAAGAUGGUUAACUAAGCACUCGUUAAAAUAAUAAAUAUACUUACUUCAAAACUAAAUGAAGUCACCUCCCCCCUUCCCCCUGCCCCCUCUUUCCCCAAAGAUGGUAAGAAAUAUAACACCAAAAUUAAUGUAGGGUAUCCUAACCCUUGAAUGAUGAAAUUAGUGCCUUCCUCGCCCCCAUCACCCUUUUCGCCUUAAAAUUGAAUAGGUAGCCUGGGUGCUGAAGUGAGCUUUUACUGACAUGAGGCAGUCUAACGAACACAUAUGUUAUUUUCAAUCUUUUUGCAAAAGUUGUCUCUUUACUUAACCAUGUUGUUAUUGUUUGUUACUAAUAGUUGCACCAUCCACUAAUGGUGAUGCGAAGCCAGAAACUACUGAACAAGAUCAACAGGCCCAGGAGGGUAAGCUUAUGUAUUUGUUUUGAUUAAAAAAAUAUCCUCCCACCAAAGCUUUGUAAGCUCCUGUGAUCAUCCCACUUCUUUAGGAAAUUAUAUUUCAGGUAUACAACUGACUAUAACCCUGGAUUCAGCUGAUUUUUGCCAUUCAAUGUUUUCCCUAGGUGUUCCAAGUGAAAAUGCAGAACCGUCAAACAAUCAGUCAGCUGAAAAUAUGGACCAAGAGAGUAAGUUUCUUUUUGGCUGUGUGUAUCAGGAAGUCAGUAACUUACUUUAUUAUCUCUUAUUUUCGGGUGACUUUAAUUUCACGAAUUUGGAAUAGAAAUAUUUUGCAGGACUUAAAUUUCACGAUUUUGACGAAUCACCAUUUUCUCUAUAAUUAAAUUUCGCUAAUCACGUGCACUGGUGCUGGUAUUUUUAGUCUUCCAUUUCUGCAUUUUAUUCAACCAUAACAGAAUAGAAACACAACAAGCAACUGACUGAAAUGUUCAACAAUGUCAGCAACUUAACAUUUUUUAUAAGUACACUGAUAUAAGCAACUGAGGCACUAUUUACCUUGAUGGCGCUUGCCGCAAUGUCUUCAAAUGAAUUUUCAGGCGAUAAGGUUGUCUUCCCUCGAACAAGUUUAGAUAUUCCUGCUUUGCUCCAUUCUUUUGCAAUAUGCAGCUUUCCCACACUGCCUGUCAAGUGGUUGUAAAAGCUCACCAGCCAGGCGGCAUGUAAGGGCUUCAGCACAGAUGGCCCUAAAUAGACCUCAAUCUGAUCAGUGCUGUUCCCCGACUCCAUUUGUUUCUGAACUUCGGCCAAAUACCAAGUUGUAAACAUCUGUGCUUUAUGAAGGAUAUGUUGAUGGCAUAUUUGAAGACUGUAAUGAGGAAGUGGUACAGGAACUAAUUCAGCAAGAUGAGUCAGAUGAUGAGGAAUAAGGACAUGCAUUGACCUGAAAUUUGAGCCCUCUUACUCAUAUGUAUACUCCUAGCAGAUGGAAAACUUAAAUAAAGGUUUUUAUAUAGGUCACAAAAUUUUGCCUCUUUAAUUUCCGAAGCACCUUUUUUCGUGGGACUUUAAUUUUGUGAAAUUUUUUAAAUCACGAAAAUUAAGUCUCAGGAAAAUAAGUGGUAAGAAGGUAUUACUGGUCUGGCUAAGAAUAAAAACCAGUACACUGUCAGUCUUCAAAAAAGUAAUUGUCAGUCCCAAGAAAAGUUCUCCAGUGUUUGAUCGUGCUGUAAAAAAGUAUUGCUGUUUAUAAACAACUUUAAACUUCCUUUGUGUCAAAGCCACUGGGGAUGUUGUUAUAGGCCUGUAUUUUGAGUUUCAAACAUGAAGUGUCAUAUAUUAUUACAUGUACUCAUAAAAUAAUGAUGAAUAAUUUCUAAGAGUUUCACUCUUCUAUUGAGGACAACAGCAUUAGGUUUCAUUUGGGACAAUAAUCUCUUAAUAGCUGCACUUGGUCACUUUUUUCUUACACCAUACCUAGACACUUUCAAAUUUUUAAGAAAAUGCUUCAUUGUUGCAGAAAAUAAUGAAACAGAUGAUACUGAAGUGAAAGAGGAAGCAGAGAAGGAAGAAGCCAAGCCUGAGGUGAAGAAGGCCAGCUCUAAAAAAGAAGUUGAAGAAGAAGACGACAAGAGGGAACAUGUUAAUAUUAUAUUUAUUGGUCAUGUCGGUAAGAGUUUUGUUUGUUCCAUAACACUUCUAUUUCUCUGGAACAUGAACAUCAUCAUACGAAACGGAAGCAAACUGAGCUUGUCUUUUUUUUUCCAGAUGCUGGAAAAUCAACAAUUGGUGGUCAUGUUAUGUAAGUUACAGUGUAUGUGUUGUGUCAAGACAUUUGUCUUUGGUAUUUUUUUUCCCAUCUUCCCAGCAGUAGGAGCUCCUCCCUUGGACUUAGGCGUGUCCUACAAAUUUCAUGCAACAGUGUUGUGUCAGCACUGUGUAAAAAAUAAAAUAAGAAAUGUGAACCUUUUAUGUUAUCUAUCUUAUCACUGCAUUGAACAAUUUAAUACAAUGUCCAGUAACAGCUUCUGUAAACAAAGACUUCAUGGUGAUCUGUUUUCUUCCGUCAAUUUGGCAAGUGUUUCAUUUUUGUGUGUGAAAGUGUGUCAACAUCUGUCCCUGUUUUUACUGUUGGACAUGUUUUUAAACCUGUCCGAUAUAGUCAGGAUUAAUAUGUUUCACUUUUUGUUGUCAUACUUGUAGGUAUCUGACAGGACAGGUAGACAAAAGAACACUUGAAAAAUAUGAAAGAGAAGCUAAAGAAAAAAACAGAGAGACAUGGUAGGUCAAGCGAAAGCUGUUGACAGAAAUGUUUUUUUGCUAUUACACAAGGGCUGGAGCUGGAAAUUCCCCUGGGCUACUACAAGCGUCACCCCUGGCUGCUUCUCUCAUAGGAAACAAAGGGAAAUAGGACCAAUCGAACUUCGUAUCUGUUCCUGCCUACCAGUUGCAUAUUAUUACAGCAUAUGCGGCAGCUUGAAAUCUUAGCAACUUCCCUGAUUACAUGUAACUAGACUUUGAUGACCUCUUGAUUAGAGAUAUUAUCUGUCACAAUUUGAUAUCUUCUUACUGCAAAAUUAAUACUCUACUGAGUCUGCCAUCUGAUAAAACUCUUUUCUGGAUGUCUGAUAGGAUUUGUUGGAAGUGUUCCCUUCUUUCCAAGGCUACUUUAGAACUGAAAAGUUGUUUUAAACUUUCUUACUUUCAUCUGCCUAACCUAUACUAUCUAAAUGUGAUCAAGACAGUUUGUGGGAAAACUUGAUCAUUUAUAUUCCGAAUUACUGCGUACAGUUAUGAUAAUUAUUUACAUCAGUCAUGCAUGAUUUAUGCACUCUGGCAGUAAUAAAAUACCUUUUUGUCUGUAGGUAUCUAUCAUGGGCAUUAGACACAAACCAGGAAGAAAGAGAUAAGGUAUUGUACACUGAACACAAUGCUGAGAGCAGAAUGCUGAAGGCAGAACUAUAAACAAUCUUAGAAUGAACUACUGUUUUACAAAAGUGAGUGUGGAUCAAAUUGAGCUAAAUCAUUGAGUGUUUUCCCAAUUGGUGUUUUUAAGGGCAAAACAGUAGAAGUUGGAAGAGCAGCAUUUGACACUCCCAAUAAACACUUCACAUUGCUGGAUGCACCUGGGCAUAAGAGCUUUGUACCAAACAUGAUCAGUGGAGCCUGUCAAGCUGAUCUGGGAGUGCUGGUAAGUUCUUACACUCAUGCUGCUCAGUAGACCCUUCUACGGUUUGUUCAACUUUUGAAAUGCUUUAGUACAGUUAAGGAAGAUCAGUCAACACCGCUGGAAAGUAGCAAACUAGCCAAGUAUGAAAGUGAUACACCUUAAAUGAGCGAAGAUAUACAGUGUAGCUCUGCAUAGUUGUGAAAAUUUACAGACGUCUGUAUGAUGGGGAGCAAGUUUGUCUCCCCCACCAUACAAACGUCUGUAAAAUUUUGUGACUUUGAUUAGGUACAACUGUAUAUCUUUGUUAGUUUUCAACAAAUCACCGUUAAACCUGGAAGUUGUACAAAAGGCACUCUUUUCAGUGGAGGCAAUGGAUUUUUCCAUAACUUGUCCAUGUCAAAAGUUGCAAAAAAAACAUGGAAGGGUCUAUUGAAAUUUGAAGCCUCCUUGGUCCAGCCCGAUGAUCAUCCUUUUUCUUGAAAAUUGCAAGAAUUAUUCCAUCGUUCACGCCAUCUUUAUUCUGAGUCUGGUUUUAAGUAUUUUGAGGUAGUGGGCUUGUGAUUUGUACUGGAAAUUUUCUUCACUUUCCAGAGAAAUUUCUCUUCCAGAACUAGCACACCUGCAAAAGAAUCCUUUGUCUCCUAGCCCAAUUUUUUAUGACCAUGAUUAAUGAGUGUAAGGAGACAAAGAAAAAUCAAUGAUUAACCUAGAUUUAAAAAACUUUUGCCUGCGUAUAAUUUUAUCUACAAAAUACACACCUUGUGGUUUUGAUCUUCAUACAUGUAUCAUUUUUUAUAUUAUGGCAUUGGAAUUUGGUGGUUUUUCCUUAGGUGAUUUCCGCCAGGAAAGGAGAAUUUGAAACUGGAUUUGAAAAAGGAGGACAGACAAGGUAGGAAGGCUGUAAAAGUUUGCAUGUAUAGGCUGCAUUCACAGUGAGUCACAAAAAUAAUGUCUUUGAGGAAAAAGAAUUUCGUAGACCAAGAGUUAGUGUAGUUAUCUCUUACUGUGUAACCAUAUAGCGGAAUAUGGUCUGAAUUAUUGUGAAUAACUUAACUCUCACGUUUUGUGCUUUCAGAGAGCAUGCUAUGUUGGCAAAAACAGCUGGAGUAAAACAUCUGGUUGUCCUUGUUAAUAAAAUGGAUGAUCCUACUGUGGAGUGGGCUGAGUCAAGGUUAGUUUUUCAUGAACCAUUGCAACUCAGUGUUCUCCUUAUCAUUUUGGGAAGGCCAGGGGGCAUUCUGACUAAGAUUUUUACAAUGUUUGUUCAAAACCUGCUGUAGCCAGUUAAAAAAAUUCGUAAAGAUUGGGAACUUGAUUUCAGUUGUUCAUGCAUCACAGGUUUAAACAUAUUCAACUGUAAAUCACUUGAGUUGGGUUUCAGAAUAGAAGCUUUGCAAGAAAACUUGGUCUUGACUUCUCAAUGUAGUGUCCAGUAAAAUGCAGUCAACUUUAUUCAAGGCACUGUUUCAGUGUUUAUGGCAAGUUUUGUCAGAACUCUGUGUCUGCAACAUGUUGUCUUAAGUGGAUGUUCAAGGCUUGCCAAAGCAUGCAAGUAUAGUUCUUGCCUCUCAAGUUUUUGCAGUUAGGUAAUAACUGUUUUAAAUUUAUGUGGAGUUACUAGUAUUGUCAGUGUAUAAAUACAUUCAUUGCAUCAAUUCAUGAAAGUUUCUGCGAGCCCUCAGCCUGCCAACUGGCUCCCAUUGGACUAUAUGAGCAUGGUGUAUUGGGUGAAAAAUAAGGGAGAAUGAAAACGAGGGAAGGUUUUGGUCCCUCUCCCUAGUUGACACUCGCUUCAGUAGCCUGCUGUCUGGGUAUGAGCCUGUGACAGCCUGAGCACCUUAAUAUUUUGACGUAAUGUUCUUGCAGUAGUGCCUCCACUUCUUCUUCUUCCUAUACUUGAAACAAACAAAUUAUUCAUGGUUAAUACAUGUAUAUGUUGCAGGUCAAAAUUAAAUUCAGGUCAAAAUUUUUUAACCUAGGGUGAUUCUCAAUUCCCUUUGUCUUCUAUCCCUCUUUCAUGAAUAAUUAGGGUGCCAGGAGACCAAGAGAAUUUUGAGUUAACCUAGUUUAAAAGAUGUUUACCUGGAUUUAAUUUAAACCUGUAACAUAAUAUAUGCAUAACUUUUGAAUUUGACCAUUUUAAAAUUUUGUUGUCCAGGUAUGAGGAAAUCAAGACAAAACUGACACCCUUUUUAAAGAAAGUUGGCUUUAAUCCAAAGACAGGUUUGUCUUAGUCUAAGUAGUGGCACUUGGCCACAUUGUAAUUUGUUUGUGAAGUGAUAACAGCUGUACAGAAGAACAUUGUGCAAGUUUUGCCUAUGACAGGGGCCACAACCAAGCAUCUGUCAUUAUAGGGCAUUAAAUGGCGAAGUAACAAUAUCAUCAGUAGCACAUCGGUGUCAUUCAUACUUUGGCACAAUACAAUACUGUCUUGAUAUGAUACAUUGCUGUUGUUGUCCAUGUGUUUUGCUAUUUUGAUGGUGAGUGCAUGAUGAGUGUGUGGUGGUGAGUCCUGGUUUGACUUUGUGACUUCGUGAUGCAGUUCUAGUCAAGAACCCGCAUUUCACCCUUGCUUGCUAUAGAGUCUCCAGUAGCUCAGUGGUUGGAGAAUCUGACUAGAUCACAGUGGGUUGUGGGUUUGAAUCCCUUCUGGGGCUCUGGUUUUUUCUAAGUUUCCAUUUGAUGCAAAAAAACAUAUCAAGUUCAUGACUUGUUUUUCUUUUUUACAGACAUCCACUAUAUGCCGUGUUCUGGAUUAACAGGGGCCAAUCUUCGACAAAGAUUAGAUCCUGCCCAAUGUCAGUGGUUUAGGUAAGGGAAACAGCAAGCUUCCCUAGCGGCUCUUAUUAAUCUGAUUUAAUUUAUCAGCUCUGUUGGGAAAUAACAUUUACACAAAACGUCUAGGCUGCUUACCAUUUACACAAAGCACCCAGGUGGAAAUUCUGUGCGUAAACAUAAAGCUAUAGAAUUUGACAUGGUGGGAUAACUACCCGCUACAAAGUACAUCCAAAUCAGCUGAACAGACUAAAAAGAGGAGAAAAAUUGAUGUUUCUGAAGCUUCCCAAAAGGAAUGGCAUGAACUUUUAUUUUUGAUUUUCCAACCAGAAUGUUUGAUUUUCCCAAGUAAAUGGUAAGUACCCCUGUAGCAGGAGAUUUCCAAAGCAGAGAGUGCUAACAGUAUAUAAUCUGUACCCAUCUGAGGUUCUUUCUUGCAUUGUGAUUGGUCUGGUUUGCUGAGUUUUUAGUGCAUAGGAGAAAACUUUUAGAUACUUAAUGUCCCUACUGGAGCAGUCUGAAAUAUUUAUGUGCUCUAGAUUUCAUGUUAAGACAAUAAGUUUUGCAGUAUUUUGUGUGGCUCUGUUUGUUUUCAGGGUUUUACCAAAAUGAAUAAGUUUGAAAUUCUUCAUUAAUUAGCCAUUUAAGGGAGUUUAAAGCUAGGUUUUGUAAACUUCUGUGGUUAACUUACAUGUAGAUUGUGGGUGGGCCAUAAUAUGACAAAAACAAAUGUGAAAAACAGGGUCACUGGUAAUUUUUAUCACCCUUGUGUAAUAAAGUCAUCUAGAGCUUUAUUUAUGUUAUUGGUUUUUGUUGGGUUUGGUCAUUGUUGUAUCUGUUCUAAUCACAUACUUUGUUUAACUUACUUUGCAGUGGUAAAUCUUUCCUGGAAUAUAUAGAUGAGUUGCCGUCAAUGUCACGUGCAGUUGAUGGACCUCUUAGGGUACCACUCUCUGAAAGAUAUAAGGUGUGUACAGUGUGUUAUUUUAGAAUGCAUUAUUGCACAGCCUUCUUUUUCACUAUCUGCUAAGGAUCGGCAAUGACAUUAGGGCCUUCCUCUGAAGGCAGCAUAGUUUUCUAUACUAGCAUUACAGCCCUGUUAUGUGCUGAAACUUCAUUAAUACAAAAGUAAGUUUCUGCAAGCUUUUGCAUUUCUGUUGCAAAUGUUUUAUUGCUAGUAGACUUCCUUUUAUCCUUGUAACAUUGAUCGUAGUGAUGAUAAAAUGAAGAGAAACCCCUUCAGGAAACUUUUUUCAUGCUGCGUCUGGUAAAUCAACCAGAACAAAUUUAAACCAUUAGUGCAAACUUGCGCAAACUCUUUUUCCUCUUUACUGCUUACAAGUUGCAGCGUGUAGCAGGGCCUUGAAGCUUUUUUUUCUAAUGCCAUUGCCCAGAUUCUUCAGAUAAAAGUUCUGACACGAAACCUGUAAGAAAUCCUGUCCACUGUAAAGCCACUUUUACUCACAGUUGACUCACAUGAAGUACUCUCUUACUUUGCAGGAUAUGGGGACUGUGGUACUUGGUAAAAUAGAAUCAGGAAAACUUUCCAAAGGGGAUUCACUUAUACUGAUGCCCAACAAGGUAAUAACAAAGUUGCUGUUAUGUUUUAUUGUAUUAAUUUUAAAACUUUUUUGCGUAUAAAAAAAGUUAAAGCAAGGUUUAUGAGUGGUAGUAGAGCAAGCAAACAAUUAACAUGUAUGUACUGCACUUAUCCUGCAUACUGUGAGCCUGUCAGCAAGCUCUCCAGCGCGCUCUUGCGGCGAGGUGAGAAAAGGAACGAGAGCUUGCAACUACGUCUCUGGAAUUUGAAUUCCGCCCCAAAUUCCCCAAUGGCUCCCCUUCGACUGAGCUGUCAGAUUUCUGCUAAUCAGCGCAAAGUGGAAACAAAUGCGAAAAAAAACAUGUGAAGGGUAAUGACAUCAUUUCUAAUGUUAUCUCCGCCAAUCAGCAUUUCGCUUUGACUUUUUCGAUGCACGUAUUCCAAUUCCAGAGACGUAGUUGAAAGCUCUCCCUCCCUUCCCCCACCACAGCGCCCCAGAGACCUUGCUCGCAAGCUAGCAUACUGUUAGUCAAUCCCAUCUGCGAUAAGCAAAGAAAGAUGAAGUAGAUUUAGGGAAAUAUGAAAUGAUAUUACAUUGUUAUCAAACAACAUUUUAUUACACACUAAGUCAGUAUGGCUUUCUGCACAGGUUCCAGUUGAGGUUUUAGGAAUCAUAUUUGAUGAAGAAGAUAAAACAGAAGCGAUUGCUGGAGAUAAUGUUAAAGUCAAAUUAAGGGGAAUUGAAGAAGAGGUGAGUUACAAGCAUGAUUUUUUCGGUGGGUGGAAUAGUAGGUAAUUUAAAGAGGGCAAGAUUUCAUUUCUAAUGUUAAUUGUAAUACAAUCAUGAUACAAUAUUUAAACAUGCAGGUGCACUGAAAAGGAGGCUUCCCAGGGAAGACCAAAGGCCUGUUUAUCGAAUAUGUGGGACCUUCCAGUCCCAGAAAGUUGUGUUGUGUUUGCCGUGUUUAUAUUGAAGUUCUUGAUUUUACUAAUUUUAAAAUAACUGAUACUGAUAGACACGUACAUUCUUUCGUUUUUUAUCUAAAAUAUGGCUCUGGGCCCGAAAAGUUGACGAGACUUUAAAAAAACGGCGUUUUUGGACGUUCUUUUGCCUUGAGUGACGUUGACUCAUUUUCCAAAGUUAAGACUACUGAAUAUUACCCUUCCAACCACUAUUUUGUUUUUUGUAGGAUAUUUCACCUGGAUUUGUGCUCUGUUCGCCAGAAAACUUAUGCCACACAGUGAAAACAUUUGAAGCCCAGGUAUAAUAUUAGUAGUUAUAGACUUUCUCCACCCUUUUUCUCUCUGAUAUCCAAGUGUGAAAGCCGGUAGCGCGUAAACGCAAAAGCUGAAACUCGCUCCAGGCCUCUAUUUUAUUUACGCACGUUAAGUUUGUUCGCAUAUGCACGUAAAAAUUACUCGACAGUGGAAUCCACCCUUAUAGAGCGUAUUUACUUACGUAGUCAGCAGCAAUGCUAAUUUAUUGGAACAAAAGAAAGUUUUUGCAUAAGAAAAAGAUUCAACUCCCACAUGACUGGUUUGAAACACCAACAUGGCCGCCGUUUUGAUGUUUUGAUACACCAACAUGGCGGACGCGAAGUCAUGUUGAAAACGCUCUACAGGCAAACUGGGUCAAAAGUCUUUCCACAAAGCAGUCCCAUAGUUCAAUUCGACCUAGACCAAACAUUACCAAAGUGCAAUUCGACACAACACCAACCCAGUCUCUUUCGCAAUCUCAAGGUGGCCAUUACAGCUUUGUUUGCAGAAAACCUGGUUUCAUCUUGUGUCUAUUCUAAAUUUAUUUUACGAUGUUUUUGCGAAUUGUUGACAGGUGGUGAUACUUGAACACAAGUCCAUCAUUUGCGCAGGAUAUCGUGCUGUCCUUCAUAUCCAUAACGUCAUAGAAGAAGUUGUUUUUGAGGUGAGGCGGUACUUUCAGUAUAAUUAUAUUUUAUGAAAAUAUUUUCCCUAAACUUUUUAUAGCGGGAGUAAGUACCAUUUAUUUCCGAACCUCCUGAUUUAGGAGGGUUCAAACUAGCUUACAAGAGGGAUAUGAGAUUAGCGGAAAUUUGCUGCUUUCUAAGUUCUCCAGAAAACAUGUGAAUGGCGAGGAAUGAUGAAGUAUGGACCACCCUCGUCAAAACCUUCUGGAUCUACUUUUGUAAUGUUUGGUAGAUUAGCUAACACCAAGAGAUAAAAUGUUAAAAGGGAACAAAUGCUUUCUUUCUAAAUCGUUUUUUCUAGGGUCAGCCUUUUGAAUCCCUUUUAUCUCAUUAACUCGGUUAUAUUAGCAAAUGAAACCUCAUUCUCCCGUUUGAAUCUCAGACGAAGUUUGUUGCAUUUCUCUUUUUUCUUUAGACAUUAAUAGACUUAGUUGAUAGGAAAACAGGAAAGAGAAUGAAGCAAAGGCCAAGAUUUAUUAAGCAAGAUCAAGUCGCAGUAGCUCGGCUACAAACGUCAGGAAUUGUGUGCAUAGAGAAGUUUUCCGACUUUCCACAAAUGGGAAGAUUUACGCUCAGAGAUGAAGGUGAGAGAAUGACUUAAAAGUUAACAACUAUUGUUUACUUCAUUCAAUUAGGACAUCCAUUCUUAGACUCGGCAAACUCGAUGUUUAACAAAGAGACAACAACUUUCCAUAGUCUACGCUCUUAUAGACCAUAGGAAUGACGUCACAAUGUCAGUACUCAAGUGGAAUCACGAGCCGCAGGCGAGUGGUUUCACUGCAAAGUUUUAAACAUUUUGAUGCCAUUUUUAUGGGCUUAAAAAGCGUACACCAUGAAAAAAUUGCAAGAGACAGAAAGAAACAAAUUAUGUCAUCAUUACGUCAUAUAAAUGGUCUAUGCUCUCAUAGACCAUAAUUCUCGACCAAACAGCGCGCGAGAAGUCGCCUAGUUGUUGUAGAAUUUACAGUUUUCAUCGGGGUAGCAAGGGUAGCGCUGUGGUGAGAGAGCCCUUGCCUCGCUUCAUUUUCGCCCGGGAUAGCGCCAUUUGUGGGAUCGUCGGGGUUAACAGCGUAAAAGGAUAAUAAUAGGUCAAUAAAUGACUGAAACAAGUAGAUCAAAUAAACACAACAAAGCUUAAAAUCCCAACUGACAGGAGACAAACCAGUUGGCUGUUUACAAGGAGAGAGAUGUCAUCAUGGGUAUGAAAAUCUGGGGAUUUCUAUAAUAUUGCCAAAUUCAGCUAGUGGUCAGGGCGGCAGUUGAACUCGGAGCCCCCGAAUUACAAGUCCAGCGAUCUAACCGCUCGGCCACGAGCCUUCUGUGAAGGCUUUUGUAACAUUUCUUCUCUUUCUGUUUCCAGGAAAGACCAUCGGCAUUGGAAAAGUGUUAAAACUUAUCCGGUCGUAAAUGGAAAGAUACGACUUACUGUACUGUACAAAGGUGGUUUGCUUAAACAGCUCUCUCUACUGAACCACGCGAAGUUUCAGUGCUUUAAAGGAAUCCAAGUGAUUAUAUGCUGCGCCAUUUGAAACUACUCUUAAAGAUGACAAUUACUUGGCAUAGCAAACCCAAAGGAAGAGAAGUUAUGCAGAGCUAAGCGCAUUUUUAACUAAUCAUGCCGGACUCGUGAUUAGCAUUAUCUCUGACUGAGGUGCCAAAACUUGUAUUAGCAAAUGAGAGAUGACCUCACCUCUAUCAUAUUUUCAUUUCUGUAACCUGAGAGCGAGGCAAAAAGCUCUCGGGAGCGCAGGGGAUUGGGGGUAGCUUCCCAUGCAGACGAUCUUUGGCUCGUCACGCAAUCUUCCGAAGGAACGCGUGGCGAAAUCCUAAGAACGUUUGCGUAGAAGGCGGGGAUGGAGGGUGGAAUAGGAACAAGAAGUCCUCGUUUCCCCCACCCCCACUCCUGAGAGCUUCCUUUAUGGGCUGAGUUUUUUGAACGGCUUCUGUUGAGCACGACAUCUUUUAUAAGGUUGUUGUAAUCAUUUUAAUGAAGUAGUUUGUUGUAAUUUUGGUUAAGAGAUGUUUUCUCUGUUAUAAUAGAAAGUACUAGCUUCAAAUUUGUCCAGUGACGACAAAGCAGAACUAAUACAUUAUGACUCGUUUUUUGGGCCUUUCCGUGUAGGUCCUGUUUACGAGACAAUGUUGUGAAAAUUUUUCGCGCAAUUUUGUUGCGUCGUUCGGGGUUGUCACUAAGAUUUCAAGUUGCCGGGUAAAUACAACAAGUAGGCGGGGAAUCAAACGGCUAGGGAUUUCUUUUGGUUCUAUUUUUGUUCUAUUUUCCAAUAAAAGUAGCCAGGGGCCACUCUCUUAGUAGCCGCGGAAAAUCCGCGGCCCCCGGCUCUUAAUGACAACCCUGGUCGUUGCGAGUCCUGAAUGAACAUGAUUUACGUUGCAGUAAUCGUUGGCGAAAAGGAGAACUUGAUUCUCGGUCAUGUGCGUAAUUAUUUUUGCAGCGAAAUCGUUGUUAUUGGGUCAUUUCAAGGUUGCGCCUCGUGAGACCAGGUACUGCGUCGAACGGCCCUAUGGGACUGUUUUGGUGGGUUAAAUUGGACCCAGUUUCCCGCGCCAGGUAGUAAUAACUGGCAAAAAUGUGAUAACAGCGCCAUAGUGCAAUCCAACACAACCACGACGUAGUUUCCCCCACAACUUCACAACUUCAAAAUAGGGACUGCUAGGCAAUUGUUAUUGCAACUUGUGUGGCUACAAAAUUGCGAGACAAGUUGCUAGAAAACUUGUUUAGUGCGACAGAGCCAAACUAGUGAUAUCAUAAAGUAACCAAGGUUGUUCUAGGAAGUCAAAAUUUGACCCCUAUCGUUGAGGCUAAGCAUGGCUGCGCGAGGUGUGAAGGGUGGAUCUUGCGAAUCAGAACGAUCUAAAUAAUCCACUGCAGGAAGCCAUAAAACUAAUUUCAAUUCUUGUUAUCAACUACUAAGAUUAUCUUAGGACGCUUUCACUCUCAAAGCCCAUUGUCG